UAUUUCUGGUCACUCUGAUCGCAGCUGAACCUUUGACAGCGAAUGUUUCGAGCGUCGUGGUUUGCAGACGAAUCCUUGUUGAUAGCAAUUUUCGUUCUUAUACAAUAUAUUUGUGCUUUAUAAACAACCGUUCUCAAUAAUUUAGCACGCACCAUAACGGUAUUGCGUGAAAGUAGUGAAUGGUCUGAGCGGGGGCUCUUGCACUGCCGAGUGAAAGGCACUGGCCAAGCCGGUGUCAAACAACGUGUCACAUUGCCGUGUGGAAGGAGUUAGGUGCAUCGUGCGUGUCGCUUAUUCGUGGCUGCUGUAGUUGGUGCGGUGAUCCUUAUUGUGAAUUUUUAGCACUCAACUUGUUGAAUCGAACCUGUCUCACGUUGGGUCCGUGACCGUAAAAACCUAGGUUAACUGAACUCUCGCGAACGUCUGCAGUACUAUGGGAAAGGCAAAGAAAGGGAAGAAGGAAGCAGCGGGUGCCGGUCUCGAGGACAAUGCCAGCGAUAACGAUGGAGUCCCACAGACGGAUAUAACGGAAGUAGAGGUGGAAAAUAGAAAGAAUGAUAAGAAAUCUAAAAAGGAAAAGAGAGCCAAGAAAGCGGCUGUGGAUAGCGACGAGGGUGAAGAUGAAGUAACCGAGGUAACGGAACCAGUCAAAAAGACGGCUGUAACGAAGAAGAAGGAAAAGCCAACGACUGAAACGGAGCCAACAGAAGCGAACGAUUCGGAUGAUGGUGGUAAAAGCAACAAGAUCAAGGAAGCGAAGAAGAAAAAGUCUGCUAAAUCUGGCCCCGUUGGAUUUUCCCUGCUUAUGAUGGACGACGACGAUGAUGAUGAUAAUGAUGAUGAUGACGGAAGGGAGGAAGAGGAGCACGAUCGCGAACAAGUGUCUCGCAAAAGCUCGAUCGAGGAAGAUGUUGGCCCUAAAGAAGGGGGCAAAGGAAAAAAGGGCAAGAAAGAAACUGCCACCAAGAUGGAGGAAGAAGAAACCGCACCAAAAGGUGGAAAGAAGAGCAAAAAGAAGAAGAAGAAGGACGAAGAAGACGAUGAUGAAAUCGAACGAAUGAUGGAGGAACUGGGAUUAGAGUAUUCUGGUCAGAAGCCUCCUGCUUCGGCGGAUAAUCCAGUUGCUUCGCAAGAUUUUCAGUCCACAGAGAAGCAGAGCAAGAAAAAAGAUAAGAAGAAGAAAAAGGACGAAGCAAAUGUUGAUACGGUAGGUGACGCAACUACGGACGGUCAACCGGAAGUGGAUGAAAGCGCACGUGGGAAAGUUACAACAGAAAAAAAGAAGGAAACAUCAAACGCUGCUAAAAAGGAGGAACCUGUUGCACCAGAGCAGGUUAGCGAGAAGCCGAGCAAGAAGAAAGGCAAAAAGACUGAUCCCCCGUCGACGGCACCGGCCGAGGAAGGAAAUGCUCCGUCCAAGAAGGGUGAGGCAUCAAAGGGAGGAUCAGCGAAAAAGCCUGAAGAGGAUACCCAAAGUGCGGAGGGAUCCGCCGAAACGAAAAAGAAAAAGCCCAAUAAAGCCGCUCUAGCCCUUAUGCAAGAGCGGCUCAAAGCUCUGCGUGAGGAGGAGGAAAGGUUACGUAAAGAGGAGGAAGAAAAACAAAAGCUGGAGGAGCAAGCGGAAGAGUUCCGAUUGGAGCAGUUGCGCCUAGAGCAGGAGAAGAAAGAAAAGAAAAAGCAAAAGGAGAAAGAGCGCAAGGAACGACUGAAGGCGGAGGGUAAGCUACUCACUGCGAAACAAAAGCAGAGUCGGGCACGUGCCCAGGCCAUGCUGGAGGCGCUUAAAGCACAGGGUAUUGGCAUUCCCGAGACCACUGGCGAACGUCGACCAAAACCUGGCUCACGCAUCCGUCCGAAGAAGAAUCAAGACGCAAAUAAGGAGGCAUCCGAUUCAAAGGAAACGACACCUACAGCUGAGGAGUUAAAGGCGAAGGAAGAAGAAAAAGCGAAGGAAAAGGAAGUGAAGGAAUCGUGGGAUGUGACGGACAGUGAAGGUGAGGAGGAAGAAGUUAAGAAGCCGGCUGGAAAACAGAAGACCGGUGUGGAAUUGUCACAGCAGCAAUCUGUAGAGUCCAAGGAAAGCCGUGGUUCCGACGACGAGGAAGACGACGAUGAGGAUGAGGAAGGAGAAGAUGGUUCCGAUGAAGACGAUGACGACAGCUCUGACGAUGAUGAUGAUUCGGAGGGAGGAGAUCAGCACCGAGAAGUUGAAAACAUCCGUCAGCGAGCUUUGGAUCGCAUUGCUAGCCGUACACAGGAUGCCGAAAAGAAAAAGACGCUCGACAAUUUGCGCGCCGCUGUAGUGUGUGUGCUGGGGCACGUAGAUACGGGAAAAACAAAAAUUUUGGAUAAACUCCGGCGCACGAAUGUGCAAGACGGCGAGGCUGGCGGUAUCACGCAACAGAUUGGUGCCACUAACGUGCCGUCCGAAAACAUCAAGGAGCAAACGAGAUUUGUGAAAGGCUUUCAGGAGCUGGAGUUCAAGCUGCCCGGUUUGCUGAUCAUCGAUACGCCCGGGCACGAAUCUUUCAGCAAUUUGCGCUCGCGCGGUUCAUCGUUGUGCGACAUUGCGAUCCUAGUGGUAGAUAUUAUGCACGGGCUGGAGCCGCAAACGAUAGAGUCGAUCAAUUUGCUCAAAUCAAAGCGCACGCCAUUCGUAGUGGCUCUGAAUAAGAUCGAUCGAUUGUAUGACUGGAACACGAUGCCCCGAAAGGACGUCCGUGACAUUCUGAAGGCGCAAGCAUCCAAUACGCAGCUAGAAUUCAAUCAACGCACGAAAGAAAUCAUCGUCCAGUUCGCGGAACAGGGUCUGAAUGCCGCUUUGUUCUAUGAAAAUCCGGAUCCAAAAACAUACGUUUCUCUCGUACCGACGAGCGCCAUCACGGGCGAAGGAAUGGGAAAUAUGCUGUUUUUGAUAGUGCAAUUCUGCCAGAAGCAGCUGGCCAAACGACUGAUGUACAGCGAGGAUCUGCAGGCGACCGUGCUAGAAGUGAAGGCGAUUCCCGGUCUCGGUACUACGAUCGAUGCUAUUUUGAUCAACGGAAAGCUACGCGAAGGAGAUACGAUGAUUUUAGCCGGUACGGAAGGCCCUAUCGUCACUCAAAUCAAAGCAUUGCUUAUGCCACAGCCUAUGAAGGAACUUCGCGUAAAGAAUGCGUACGUCGAGCACAAAGAGAUUAUGGCGGCACAGGGCGUAAAGAUAGCAGCGAAGGAGCUCGAAAAAGCUAUUGCCGGACUAAAUCUGCAGAUAGCACACAAACCUGAUGAGGUGGAAAUCUUUAGGGAAAUAGUGGCCCGUGACUUAAAAUCCGCUCUAAACAGCAUCAAGCUUAGCGAUAGGGGUGUGUACGUGCAAGCUUCAACACUUGGCUCGCUUGAGGCUUUGUUGGAGUUCUUAAGAACAUCUAAAAUUCCGUACUCUGGCAUUCGAAUUGGCCCAGUCGUUAAACGUGACGUUAUGAAAGCAUCGACCAUGUUGGAGCAUGAAAAUCAGUAUGCUACUAUAUUAGCUUUCGAUGUGAAGGUUGAGAGAGAUGCUCAAGAUCUGGCAGACAAUUUGGGUGUAAAAAUUUUCCAAGCGGAUAUCAUUUACCAUCUGUUUGACAAAUUCAUGGCCUAUCGUGAAGAAAUCAAGCAGCGCAAACGAGACGAAUUUAAAACCAUCGCUGUUUUCCCCUGCAAAUUAAAGAUUCUACCCCAGUGUGUGUUUAACAGUCGUGACCCAAUCGUGAUGGGUGUGAUGGUUGAGGCUGGUAUCGUCAAGGAAGGUACGCCAAUCACAGUGCCUAGCAAAGAGUUUACAGAUAUAGGCGUCGUGACGUCGAUCGAAGCUAACCAUAAACAAUUGGAAAGUGCUCGAAAAGGACAAGAAGUGUGCCUCAAAAUUGAACCCAUACCAGGCGAAACACCUAAAAUGUAUGGUCGUCAUUUCGAUGAAACAGACAUGCUAGUUAGUAAGAUUUCCCGUCAAAGCAUCGAUGCUUGUAAGGACUAUUUCCGGGAUGAUCUUUUAAAAUCCGACUGGACGCUUAUGGUGGAGCUGAAGAAGACCUUCCAAAUAUUGUAGAUUGUGUCUAUUCAUGUUGCCUUCAUUUAGAUAUUGUGUUUUUUUGUAUCAUUAUUUUUAUUUUCGGUAUCUUUUCUUCUUUUUCCUCGACUCACAAAGUACACACAAAAAGGAACCAUCCCAUUGUGAUGUUUCACAAAAUUAGUCAUGCCUUGCUCUAUCAAUGCUAGUCCGGCAAGUGCGAGUGUGUAUCAGAUAUAAUUUAAUAUCGGUUUUAAUGUACUACACAUUUGAGUUUCCAUGUUUCACAGCUUUUAGUUUUCAUGUUUCUAAUUAUAAAGUUCCAUUGCCUGUUGCGAAAACGUUUCCCUGCCACCGUCGCGUAUUGACGCGAAAUUGUAAUAGUUUCCUUCCUAGAAUUGAGUGCAAUUGUUUCGAAACGUGUUUCAAACUGCCCGUAGGUGUGAUGUGUAAUUUCAUGAUAUGCCAAAACUGAUGUUUAAUAUUUUGGAACAAAAUUGAACCGAUACGCAAAUAUUGUCAUUGAUACAGAAGGCAGCAAUGUAUUGAAAAGCACAUGCUCAUGCUAGGUCGAUUUGAAGAGAUACAGUAUCGUCUUGUUUGCAAACAUAGAUUCGUAAAAAUGUACAAUUGA